GGAACGGGCCCCGCGCCGGGUGAGGCCCAGCCUGCCUUGGCGUGGCACGGCUGCAGAGCCAGCCGGUCCGAACUAAGGCCGAAGGACUCGGAGGCCCAGCCGCGGUCCGGGAUGGAGCCACGCUCCGGGACGCGUCUCCUCCGGGUCCGGGGGACUGACUCUGCCCGGACGGUCUGAAGUGCGGCCGCCCUGGGGAGGGUGGACGGGCAGGACGGGGCCGAGCCGCUGGCUGACCUUGGCAGGCCGCAUCUGGCGCAGCUGAGUGUGGUGGCACAUGCCUGUAAUCCCAGUACUCAGAGGGAAGAGGCAGGCGGUUAAGACCAGCUAUGGCUACAUAAAGUUUUCAAGUCAUCGAACAUUCAAUGAGCAUCUAUUAUAUACAAGGGUGCCAGCCCAUCGUGGUGGAGCAGCUCUUUCCAUGGUGGUGGAAGCUGUUUUACAUCAUAGCAGACCAGGCAGUAGAGAGCAAGGCAGGAGAUGAACAUCUGCAACAAACCCUCCAACAAGACAGCCCCUGAGAAGAGCGUGUGGACAGCGCCCUCCCAGGACAGUGGCCCUUCCCCAGAACUGCAGGGCCAGCGGUCUCGCCGGAACGGAUGGAGCUGGCCCCCCCACCCGCUGCAGAUUGUGGCCUGGCUGCUCUACCUCUUCUUUGCUGUGAUUGGCUUUGGGGUGCUCGUUCCCCUCCUGCCUCACCCCUGGGUGCCUGCUGGCUAUGCCUGCAUGGGUGCCAUCUUUGCUGGCCACCUGGUGGUACACCUGACUGCUGUCUCCAUCGAUCCAGCCGAUGCCAAUGUGCGGGACAAGAGCUAUUCUGGGCCCCUGCCCAUCUUCAACCGCAGCCAGCAUGCACACGUCAUCGAGGACCUGCACUGUAACCUCUGCGACGUGGACGUGAGUGCGAGAUCCAAACACUGCAGCGCCUGUAACAAGUGCGUUUGCGGCUUCGACCAUCAUUGCAAGUGGCUCAACAACUGUGUGGGCGAGAGGAACUAUCGGCUCUUUCUACACAGUGUGGCAUCUGCUUUAUUGGGUGUUCUGCUCCUGGUGCUGGUGGCCACAUAUGUCUUCGUGGAGUUCUUUGUCAACCCCAUGCAGCUUCGUACCAACCAACACUUUGAAGUCUUGAAGAAUCACACAGAUGUGUGGUUUGUGUUCUUGCCUGCUGCCCCCGUGGAGACCCAGGCUCCUGCCAUCCUGGCCCUGGCUGCCCUACUCAUCCUCCUAGGCCUGCUUUCUACAGCCCUGCUCGGCCACCUGCUCUGCUUCCACAUUUAUCUAAUGUGGCACAAGCUUACCACCUAUGAGUACAUCGUGCAGCACCGCCCAGCCCAGGAAGCAAAGGAGACCCACAAGGAGCUUGAGUCGUGCCCCCGCAAGAUGCGGCCCAUUCAGGAGAUGGAGUUUUAUCUGAGGAACUUCAGCCAUGUGCGUCCAGAGCCCUCUGGCCAGGCCAGGCCGGCAGCAUUAAAUGCCAAUCCUUCCCAGUUUCUUGCCACCCAAGGCCAAGUGGAACCACCACUGCCCUCCUCAGACACACUGGCUCUGCCUCCACGGAUCCAACCCCAGAAAAAGAGGAAGCGGCGUGUGUAUAGAUUGCCAAGGUCUGGGGUCUUGGACCUGGAGCCCCCGCUGCCCAGGUUACGGGAGACUGGGACCCCUGGCCGCCACUCCAGCUCUUCGUCGGAUUCCACCAGUGCCAGCCCAGGCGCCUACUACUCCGCAUCAGCCGAGUCCAUGGAAGAGAUUCCAGUGGCCCAGACACGCCUGGGCAGUGCUGCGCUGGGCGCCCCAGGAGCCAGGGGCCGAGAGUCUGGGCUGGCGCUGCAGGCACGUUCGCCGGCCGUGUUCGUGAGCCCGAGCAGCGGCGAGCCCGGGUCACCCGGCGGCGGUGAAGAUGGCCUGCCUUAGUGCAGACUAGAGGCAGGAGGGCCGUGUAGGAAUGGCCGGCCCCACUCUAUGCAACACCCCAUCUUUGCCGCACCGAAUGCGGGCCUCAAGGCCGGCGGGAUCGGCCUCCCUUGCCCAAUACUCAGCAAUAUCCGCUCCACCAGCCCUGAUGCUCCAAUAAACUUUUUUUUUUCUUAA